AUGCUCGGAGACUCCGGGCACCGGAGGCCCCAUGGAAGCUCCGGUCAAACAAACAUCACACUGUACAGUCUCCUAUGCAGAACAAGCGAUAACCGCGCAGCUUUUUCGCUUUCGCUGUCACGAUCACUGUUGGAAUAUCUCGGAGAGUCUUACAGUAUGAAACGAAGAUCGGAUGUCGGAGCCUCCACGCCAGGCCCGAAGAGACACUCUCGACAAGAUCCCGUUUCCUGCGAAUCAUGUCGAAAGAAGAAGUUAAAGUGCGACAGAGGACUUCCAUGCAGUAGCUGCUCUACACGCAAAUUAGAGUGCAACUAUGGUAGCAUCAAUCCCGGGGUGACCCAUCCUGUGCAGCCCAUGGCCCAACCAGAGCGGGGGUCAAUGUUAAAUGAUCGCGUGUCUGAGGCUCCUCGGAUCUCACAGUGGACUCCACGACAGAGCUCCGAUACACAAAGCCGCAGUGGAAAUGAGCCUCUAUUGACGGCCGAUUGGCUUGAGAAGAUCGUUAUGGGGCACCGCGUUCCGAGUGCAGUCCCUGCCACGUUGAGGGCGGAGGUUUCCCAGCACCAGGAAGCUGAGCACUCACCCUCGCACCAAACUACCACGCCCGGUGGCCAAUUCGCUGUAAUGCGGGAACGGCCAAUUGCCUCUAGUUACAAUCCAGCAACUAUCCAUUUGCCCUCAUACCUGCCACCACUGGCAGAAGCAAUGAGUUUAUUUCGAUAUUACUGUAAAUACCUUGACUUCCAGUACCAUCUCAUCAUACCCAGUCGUCUUGAACGACAGAUUCAGACGAUAUACGAAUGCGUUGCUAAGGAUGAGGGUAUAAACUUAGCCCACGCUGCCCUGCUGUUCAGUGUCUCUGCUGCCGCCCUGUAUUAUCGGCUCCUAUUAGAGCCAUGCGAGUAUGCAGAGGCAUUCAGUCAAGAGAGCACAUUUCUGACAGGAGCUGCGUUGAUUCAAAGCAAUUAUAUUCCGUAUCCCAGUCUUGAAGGGCUACAGGCUACCAUGAUCAUUGGGCACCAUCUAUCCAAUAUGAAUUUUCCUCCUUCCGUGAGUGCAUUAUUCGUGCACAGAUCAUUCGUGACUCAAGCCACCAGUAUGGGGCUUCACCUUGUGGACUGUCCUCGGUUUGUGAAUGAGCGCGCGACAAAUCAAUUCGACAAGACCAAUGUUGAACUCAAACGACGGUUGUGGUGGGACUUGGCAACGUACGACUGGUUGAUAGGGUUUUUGAGUGGGCCUCAAGAGUGGACCUACUCGAUACAACCUCAAUUUAUGGUUGUGAAAGAGCCUCUAAAUAUUGAGGAUGACGAAAUCGACCAGGAUAAAAACGGUGUCCCUCUUUCUACUCCAACCGAAAUGUCAUAUAGUCUAUGUCGAUUGAGGUUGGCUGUUGUUUGUCGCCAAAUGGUGGAUGAGUUGGCAUUCUACCAUCUCCACGAACAGGAAAUACCAUAUGAGAAGAUCCUCAUGCUCGAUCGAAAGCUUCAUGAGUCAUGCACUGAGAUCCCUGAUUUCUUCCGCUUUGAUCAAGCCUCUAGGCGAAAAUACUCAGCAAUCUUUCAUGAACGACCGACUCUUGCGUGGCAACGAGCCCUUAUUCAGCAGGGUUAUUAUUCAAGGCUCUGUCGCUUGCAUCGCCACUAUUUUGUGCGUGGAGCAAGAGACCCCAAGUAUUCUUAUUCACACGUCAUAUCUCUUCGUUCUGCACGCAAAGUCCUUGAAGUGAAACGCAUUAUGGACGAGGAGGAGCCCAUAUUCACGCCACACAGUUCGGUUAUAUGGUCGGUCAUGCACCAUGUCUUCAUGGCAGCUGUGAUUCUUUUGAUAGACGUCUGUUUUAAUUGGGAUGACAUUUUAGCUGAAAAACGAAAGGAGGAGGUGCUGGAUGCUUGUCGAAUGCUCAGCCGCGCGCAACAAUCCUCACCCAUCGCCCGUGAAGGAAUCAAUGCAAUGAUGGGGAUCUUGCGAAAACAUUGGACGCAGGAGAAGAUCGCAGUUUCUCGCGACUUACAAGAACUCUCCAUAUUCUCGACGUCGAAUGGGCCAAUAUCCAAUGCCGCACAGCCAGAGAUGCCUACGCCUGACUCAUUGAGUACCAAAUGUACAUCCGUUGCCCCACAGACUUCGGAUGGACAAUCGACCUUCUACCCUUCAGGGAAUACAUCGUUCAGCCCGUUGCCUCUUGAAGAAAUAUGGGCGGAGAUGUUAGACAGCAGCGCUAAUGUUGAGCUGGAUACACCAGACUGGACAGGGCUGUUGACUGAAUUAACGAAUGCCACUUUGCCAGGCGAAUAA